UCACAUCGAUACUAACCAGAUGUCUCUUUGAAUGUCAUCAAUAUUAUCUAAUUUUACAGCUUGUCUAUAUAGCCUAUUGUGAACGCGACGAAAUAUGUAAAUCCAUGCAAAUAUUAGCGAAUAUCAUUAUAGACUGUAUAUGUUUGGACGUGUUUAUUUGAAAUCAAUGGAGGACAGUGAAUGUCAACAAACAUGUUCAUUUUCAACGUUUUUAAUUGGACAACGGUUCAAACAUGUGCUUGCUUGUUUACGUUGCCAACCAAUCAAAUGCGGGUACUCUUUAGCUGUUACUAAUUAUAGAAUACAACUGUACUGUUUCGACGCUAUUUGCAUUUAAUGCAUUGAUGGUCAAGUUAUUUGGUACUUACAUUUAACAUUUUGUCCACAAGGACUUAUAAAUAUGGUUCUUGUGAAAUUCUUUUUGUCAGCACUACAUCGGCUAAAAUCUCCAAAUACAUUUAUCCCCGUCCACAUGCAUUUAGGGCCACGAACUCGUAGCAGCCAGAUAUCGAUAUGGAAUCUUCCAGAGGAACUUAUUCUGUGCAUACUGAAGGGUCUUCACAUCAAAGAUGUCCUCAGCAUGCGAGCUGUAAACUCCAUUUUCGUGAUAUAGUUGAUGAUUGCUCAACAGUAUGGAAUGCAGCUAGUUUUCAAGACACAUGGCCAUCAUCUAAUAAUAUCCAUUAUUUUGAAAAAGCUGCAAAGUUUGGAAACAUGGAAGCUCUUAUCAAAAUGGCAAUAGCAUACCUUUACAAUGAAGGAUUACCCGGUGAUUUCGAAGGGAAGAAAGUAACAAGUAAUGGAAUUAAGGCCGCUGAGCUGUUUUGUCAGAUUGAGGCCAUGACCCCAUAUGAACCCUUCACUUGGCUCUUUAUCCGUCCACCCUGGUCAAUCAAUGGAGCUUGUUGUAAAGAAUGUGUGUUCACCUACAUGAAAAAUUACCUACAAGAGAAUAACAAACAGGAUACCAAAAAUGUGAAUGUGUGUGUUGCCAAAACUUUGCUUUUACUGGAUGACAAGGAGCAGGUUGCUGAAUCUGGUGUGUUCCUCAACAACGCUAGUCAGCUUGGAUCUGGGUCUGCUGCAUUCUUGUUAUGGCAAAAGCAGUACCAAAACUAUUUUAGUACAGACAGAGCAAGAAAACUAGAGAGUAUACGACAGCUGCGAGAGAUUGCCAAAAUGAACCAUUUAGAUAGCAAGCUUUCACUGUGUAAAAUGUAUGCAAAUGGAGUGUAUGGAGGUAUAACCCAGAAACAGGCAGCCAUGUCUGUACAAGAACUAGUCCAGUCUACAACCCCAGCAAAUACUCAGGAAUGCUUCAGAACUUCUCAGGAACUUACAACCUCUAUGAGGUAUAUUUUAGUAGACUGGUUGGUAGAAAUAGCAGGAAUGAAAGACUUCUCUAGUCACACUCUACAUAUUGCAGUUAGUGUAGUAGAUCGUUACCUAAAGUGUCACAAAACAACUCGAUCCAAACUUCAACUUCUAGGGGUAUCAGCCAUGGUUUUGUGUUCAAGGUUUCUUGGAAAAGACAUUAUCACCAUCCGCGAGGCAGCCUGGCUUACCGACAAUACGUACAAGUACGAGGAUGUAGUAAGAAUGAUGGGAGAGAUAACUGCUACACUGAAAGGGAACAUCCGGGUUCCCAAUAGUCUCGAUUUCGUUGAGAUCUUCUCCAGUGUUGCUGGACUAGACAAGAAGUGCAGUUGUCUGGCCGAGUACAUCUGUGAGUUGACUCUCCUUCAGGCUGAGAUGGGACAGUACAGUCCGGCAGAAAUUGCUGCUAGCUGUGUCCUUUUAGCAAGGCUGCUAAUGAAGCUAGAAAUGCCGUGGCCAGACAAAAUGAUAGAGUUCAGUGGAUUCACCAUAGAAGAUAUAAGUCGUUGUGCUUUCCAUAUGCAUGAAAAGUGCUUUUUAGAAGGGUCUGUGGUAGAUCACCGAGAUGUGAAAUUACAAGCUGUCAAACUGCGGUAUGCAGAGGAAAAGUUCCACAAAGUCAGUGAGAUUCCUAUUAUGAGUUAUGAAGAACUGUGCGCUAUGCUGGGAGUUACUGAGCAUAUCCUACAGGGUACUGAUGUCUGUGUCAAAUUCCGGAAUGCAGAUGAGCUUAUUUUGUCACCAUCUAGGAAAAAGAGAAAGUGUGAAAGAGUUUACCCACAUUUACAAGACAGAGAGAAUGCAGCCACUCCAUCUAUUGAAGACAAUUCAGUCAUCAUGGAUGAAUCUGUUAUGUCAGGAUAUUUUGGCGAUCAAGAGGAUGAGGAAGAUUCUUUCCAAGAAUAUGAUGAUUCCAGUGAGGAUCAUUGCAGUCCUUCAGACUUGGAAUGUGGGUCAGAGAGUGAUACCUACUUCGCCAGUAUCUCCAAAUCAGACAAAAAUGUUGAAAUGCCAUUCAACCUCUCAUUCUCCACCAUCCCAUCAGAUAAAAUUACCCAUAAUUCACCCCAAAAGUCAUGUUACCAGGAAUCUUCAUCUGGAGUUUCCUCUUCCCCAAAUACAGUAACAGAAAAUUCACCGUCGUGUUCCUAUGCAUUUGUGCCAAAAUCACCUCUAGGCAUUUCUGGACAUUCUUCGCACAUCUGGACAUUGAAUACUGCAAGGAAAAAUGUUUCCAGUGACUCCGAAAUGUCUUCUCCAAGGUGCUCAGAAAAACAAGGUGCUACUAGUUAUAUGACCCUGAGACGGACAACUAAACGCAAGAGUAGACAUUCCCUCUGCUACAGUGCUUCGCUCUCUGGGCAGCACUGAGAUGGCUGUUUUAGAGUUGAUACGGUUUGAAUGCAAAUGAUGAAUGCUUGUGUUUGGAAUACGUGUAUAAAAUUGUUUAUACAUGUACAUAUUGUUUUAGAAUGAAAUCCAUUUUAUACUCAGAUAUGUGUAUGAAGAUUAUAAAUCAUGGAUGUAAUUGUUGUUCAGGGAUUUCAAACAUUUCUUAUUUGAAAGUUUUUUGGUUUAUGGAUAUAUAUAUUUUUUAAACGAGUAUAUUUUUUGUAUCAUUGAUAAUGGAUCAAAUAAAUGCAGAGAAAAAUGGUUUUCGUACAAGUGUGCAUUCCGCAAUCUUCCAAAGAACCUUCAGGGAAUUGAUUUAAUGUUUUGUGAUAUUCUGAUGUGAUAUUAGCAAAAUCAUCAUAGAUCACAGAUAUUUGGGUAUACUAGAUCAUUUGUAUUGUGCAUAUGUCUUAGUGUAUAACAUUAGUUCGUACAUUGUACAUCAGUAUCGAUAUAAUCGUGGUAGAUUUGUAUUACAUCAUCAUUCAAGUACAUGUACAUUUUUCAUCAAUGACAUAUGUGUUGAUGUUAAAAUCACUUAGAAAUUCAAAGUUUCUUUAAUAUCAAUCUGAUUAAAAUUAGAUUUACUUUCAUACUCGCAUGUGAGUUUGCGAACUGGUCUCAUGUCUAAUUUGAAUUAGAUUGCUUUAAGAUGUAAAUCAAGUUUCUUGAGAACAGAUUUUUUUUUCCACUUCUAACAGGUUUAACUUGAUUCAUUUUUCAUCAUUUUGUUUGAGGUGUGAAUGGGGAGGGGUUGCAUGGCAUGUAUUUUGUGUUUUUGUUUCUGACAAAGCUUUUAAACUGCUUUUGUCCAACUUGUAUACUUGUUAAUUCUGCCUUGUGUGUUCGUUUGGUAUUCUACAGUUGAGUUUCAACAUUUCGUGGCUUUAUUUGAAAGGUAAUAUCUCUUUGCACUUGUAGAUCAGUUUCAAAAUUGAUCUUGUAAUAUGAAUUUCAAAAACAUGAGCAGCUUUUGGUGCGUAGAGUAAAUUAUUUGUUAUUUAUUUGUACAAAAGAAUUUUUGAAUGAAUGAACUGAAUUUAGAUGUACCUAAUGCUCUAACUCAUGUAUUUCAUGCCACCCCUGAUGCCAAACAAUGUUGAUGUUUGUACUGAUUAGUAUCUGAUUAAUGCAUGUACGAGUGAAUGUAUGAGGUAAUCUUGUUUAUUAUAUAUACAAAUAUGAUAUCCUUCUACAUCAAAUGCGGAAGAAAAUUAAAACAAAAGAAAGA